CCCUCCUAGGCGCGCCGUGGCUUGUGGGCGGCCGUGCGCUGACUGAAUUUGGCCUUUUGGGCUAUGCUGCGGCUCCGUGAGUCGGAGUCUACGCCUAGACAUCAAAAUUAGCUUUACCAGAAGAGAAAUGGAGGAGCCAUAGAACAUAAGGAUGAAUUCAGGAAGGCCUGAGACCAUGGAAAACUUGCCUGAUCUCUACACUAUUUUUCAAGGAGAGGUUGCUAUGGUGACCGACUAUGGAGCCUUUAUCAAAAUCCCAGGCUGUCGAAAGCAAGGUCUGGUGCAUCGAACUCACAUGUCAUCCUGUCGGGUGGAUAAACCCUCUGAGAUAGUAGAUGUCGGAGACAAAGUAUGGGUGAAGCUUAUUGGCCGAGAGAUGAAAAAUGAUAGGAUAAAAGUAUCCCUCUCCAUGAAAGUUGUCAACCAAGGGACUGGGAAAGACCUCGAUCCCAACAAUGUUAUUAUUGAGCAAGAAGAGAGGAGGAGGCGGUCCUUCCAGGAUUACACUGGGCAGAAGAUCACCCUUGAGGCUGUCCUUAACACUACCUGCAAGAAGUGUGGCUGUAAAGGCCACUUUGCAAAAGACUGUUUCAUGCAACCAGGUGGGACUAAAUAUUCUCUGAUACCCGAUGAGGAAGAGGAGAGAGAAGAGGCAAAGUCAGCGGAAUUUGAGAAGCCUACUCCCACAAGAAAUUCAUCCAGAAAAAGAAAGAAGGAAAAGAAGAAAAAGAAACAUAGAGACAAGAAGUCAUCUGACUCUGAUACCUCAGACUCUGAGAGUGAUACGGGCAAAAGGGCAAGGCACACAUCAAAAGACAGCAAGGCAGCAAAGAAGAAGAAAAAGAAAAAGAAGCAUAAGAAGAAACACAAGGAGUGAAAGUAGCAGAGCGUGGGGGCGGGGGUUGGUGAGGGAAAAUGGGUCCAGGAGGUUUGUGCCCUGAAGCCCUGGCCCCUGGAGACUCAGUAGUGAGAAUAGGUCUCCCACCCCAGUGACUUCGCUCCCAUGGAAGAUGGUUUCCCCUCAUGCAGCAGACAGGUUUGGGAGUUGAGGUCAAAAGCAGCUGCCUGAAUGAGUUGUUUCCUUAUUGCACCUGACCCCUUUGCAAGUGACCCCUGCAGCCCACCCAUUCAUGCACCCAGCUUCCUUCGCUCAGCAGGUGGUCCUUUUACCCAGCUGCCACUGCCAGAGCUGGAUUCCUUUGCAGGGAUCUGGGCUAAAGCCACAGGUACUGCUGUGGAGCUGAGCUUGGCUGUAGUUGGAGGAGUGGUUGCCCCUUCCUGUUGGAUUGUCUUGGGUUAGUUGGCUCAUGGUCUCUGCUGUACCCACACAGGAGCAGAGGGAAAGUGGCAGUAGGAGGGAGAACGUGGUAAGAAGUGGUGCUCACUUUUUACAUUCCCUCAACAUGGUUCUCCUGUGCUAGAAGUGACAGCCACAAUCAGAAAACGAUCAUUUGCAGUGUGACUCGUUUUGUGUAUGACAUUCCACCAGACCACUGAACCAGACAUCCGAGGCCAACAUCAUUACUGUAUUUUCUAUGUGUUACUGUGAGAGUCUACUGGUUCUACUUCAAGUCUCUGCUUAAAUUCCUGGCACUAAAUGGACUUGUGCUUUGUUUUAAAUUUACUGAAAGUUCUUAUUCCAAUCCUUAUUAAUGUGUAACUUACAGACUUCAAGUCACUGAGCCUGCAUUAGUUGACAGAAAAUACUUUUGUUUUUUGAGACAGUGUCUCACUGUGUACUUCAGGCUGGCCGUGAAUUCAGGUGCCUCAGCCUCCCCGGUUCUAGGUCAGAAAAGCAUUUAAUAUGUUAUCUUAGACCUUGGAGAGUGCCCAGCUAAGGUACAGAGCAGAGGCACUAGUCGGUCACAGCUUUCUUGGGAGAUCAUUUAUAAGCCUCCCCUCUGUGAUGAUCAGUCGACCUCUCUCCCCAGAGUUGGUUAGAGAACCAGUCAGAAUCCGUAACCUCAAGUACUAUCCUGGUGCAUAGGUGGGAGCUUAGUAGUCAUCUCAGCCAAUGAUCAUCGUCUCCCACCACAAUGGCACAAGCCUAGAUGCCGUGCCCUGAGCCUGUACUCUGGAGAGCAUUCCAGAAAACGAGGCUCACAGGUGUUCAGUACAGGUCAGGCCUGAGGUGAAAGUUCAUGGCCAAGCCUGGGGAAACCCCACACUGGACUAGCUGAUUUGACCAUGGCAGCGGGUAGAAGGGCAAGGGGUAGGGACAGUUGUUUCAUUAAUAGACGGGUAAGCUGAGCAGCUGAUUAGCAGUCCUUGAGACUGUUCAUCUGCUCCUCGUCCAGUGCCUCUUCCUGAGCCUUCAGGAAGUCAUUUCUGCCCACCCGACACACUGGGGAAACAAGACUUCCUUAGUCAUGUCACCAGAGGCAAAAAGGCAACUCAUGGUCUUCGCUCUGCUUUAUUGACCUCAGAGCACCUUUUGGAUACAUUUUUUAAAAAACACACACACACCUCAUACAUAAUAGGAACUGGAACUGGAUCUAGGCUGGCACCACUUUACCCCCUAAAUAAUUUCCUAACCAAAGUGGAUUUAUACAAAAUACUAGAGGAAAAAGAGUGAGGCAAUGUGGUGCUAGCCGAAGGGUAGUCACGUGGCAGAGGAGUAGUCAUUGGCAGCGCUGGCAGCUCGGGUCAUGCCUCCUUCUCGUAAGUGCGAACGCAAACUGCACUGCCAUGGGUGAGUGUCUGGAAGGAAAGACAGAGUCAGAUGGGGUGGAGGGAAGCCGGAAGCAGGAGCACCUUGUACUCCCCUUAUUGUGAUGAUCAUCAUUUGAGUACCUACUAUGUGCCAGGCACUUUACAUAUUUUUUCCCUGAUGCAUAGGACAAGCCUUUAAGAUAGGCAGUAUAAUCUCUAUUUUAGAGAUUUGGAAAAAUGAGCUUUAAAAGAGGCAGCAAUUCAUUAAGAUCCUAGAAUGGGUCUCAUUCCCUUGCAUCAAUCAGCUUCCUUCAAAUUCUUAGUGCUUAAGACAGUGCCUGGUACAUAGUAGACAAAUGGUGAAUAAGAAUUUCCAUAGACUCUUGAGAAAUGACUGCUAAUCUAUCUACCAACUCCCAUUCUGUCCCUAAAUUUGGGCAGUUCGAGGGCCAGAUUCCCAAACCCCCACUAUUUAGUCUGGCAUUACAGAGCCAAGCCCACCAUUGUCUGACUGCCCAGUGAAUAUCUGGUCCUACAUAUCUCAUCCUCACCAAAACUAGGUUCCUAACUAGGAUGUGAGUGCAUCCCAUGUGGGUGCAAGAAUGCAGCAGGCAGGUUACAGUGGCUCAGGAAGGUCUGCACAGAACAGGUACAGAGGCAGCAGACAGAGAGCACCAGUAGCUGCUGUCUGUGCUCCUGGGUCUGGAGAGGUUCGGUCAAGGACACUGUUCUCCAAGUCCCUCAACUUGUCCCUAAAUAGAACUGCUAACCUCACUGUGUGACUUCCUACACAGAUCAUAGGUUUUUGUAGGAGACCAGCUGUGGAACAUACUGAGAGGCAGGUCUGGGACAGAGCAAAAAGGACUGUGCUGCAGGUAAGUUCCCCCACCAGUCACCAGCCUGCCCCUCAUGUGACAGUCUGGUCCUAGAGAGGAGAGGGAAGGAAAUGCUGUGAUAGGAGAUAGACUUUCUACUUUUGGGGGGCAGGCAAGGCAGAAACAAGGUAGCUAAGGCCAUGGAACACGUGUAUUCCUCCCAUCUCCAUGAAGUUUUCUGCCCUGCAUACCACUCUCAGACUUGCUGGCAGCACUGCAAGAUUGGUGUUAUUAAUACACAUUUUACAGUUGCAUUUGGAGAAGGUGACAUGCAAAGCAGUGCAGUCUCUCAGUGAAAUUUGAACCCAGACCUGUGACUCCAAAGCUAGGACCCUGUCUCUGCCUCUUUUGUACCAGGUCCUGUGGCACCCAGGGGAGGGCAUUGGUUUUAAAACAGGCCUGCUGAGGAGGUAGUAACAGUGACCAAUUAAUGUGAGGCUCAAAAGCUGUCCAUCUUACCAGGAUGAGUUUCCCAUCAAUUAGCUCCCGUACAAGUGUUGUCUCUUGCCCGUCCCACUUCUGCACAUGAACGAGUUUUCCUCCAUCCAGCGUUACAAGGGACUGCAGAAAGAGGACAGACACCUAAGCAGUGACCUGAGCCAGGACUGAGGCAGGAUGGGGUCAGAAAAUCCACAGGACACAACCUCUGAUUCAAACUAGUGAUGUUGCUGGGACCAAAGCUCAGGCUGCCCACUUCCAAGCUUGCCUGGUAGGAUGGCCAGUUCACCUUCAGCCUCUGCUCCACCGCUGCAUGGCUGGGGACAAGCCUUCAGGUCGGGAGAGGCGGAGCCAAAACAGUGCAGCUCAAAGUACCCAGGACUCCCCCAAGAAGGGCACUUAGCUGAGAGGGUAGCUCAUUAGUAGAGUGCAUACUUCCACAUGUGUGAGGCCCUGAUUUGAUUCUUCAAUACAAAACAAAGCCAACCAAAAAACAGGUGCUUGUCCUAUACUUUAGGAGACGCACACAGCUCAGUUCCCCUGAGGUAUAGGAGAAUGUACCCAUUUUUCCUUUAGUGAUGGAAUAUACUGGGAAAUUAAACUUCCUCCCCUCUUGUCAAUCCACAUCAUGUGUCCCCUUCGCCUGAAAAGAGAAGGGCGAGUGUUCUUAAGUGUUCUCAGCCUUGGUUCAUAUGCCCAUUUAGUCCCCUGGGUGCUCCCAACCUGCAUGAGCUGGUUCUCAUUUGGCAGCUCUCUCGCAUCUCCCCUCUAGGAAUUUGGGGGCUGUAGAUCAGACUGAGCAGAACAGGAGGAGGUUGGGAAAGCUGUGCUUCUGUUAGGGUUGCUUGGCUCUUGACCUGCUGUCUAUAUACCACCAUACUCCUUAUUCUCAUUCCUCCAGUUUUUUGUGCACUCAGGGCAGAUUAUUUUUGCCCUAGACAUCCCAGAGGACUACCGCUGUGUUUAAUUGGGGUUCUUGCCCCUCAAGAAGGUGGCAGUUUUGUAGGGGUAUGUGUUGGGUAGCCACCUUCAUCCAAGGUGGGCUGCCAUCUUUGAGCACAUCUGCUGCUCUGCUGCCAACCUUUUGAUCCUGGGCUGGGCUUCAUCUCCUCUUCCUCUGCGAGGAGACCAGCCCCUACCCUGCUCUUCCUGGGGGCAGCUGUGAGGAAGAGGAAACAGCUGAAGAGCUGGUUGUGGUAGAGGGGACACUGUUUUAGGGACACCCUGUAGAAGUCAGGGCCCCUUUGUUUUGUCCCUUGCUGAGAGGGCUGAGGCAAGCUGCUAAGACAGCCACCAUGGAGUGAAUGCCCAUUCUGCUGAGGGAAGCUUGCUGGGAAGACACUAAACGCCCAUGACAGUGUAAACGCCCCAUGCCAGUACACAGCUUUUCCUGUCUGUCAGUUGGCAGCACUGGAAAUUGUUCAUUAGGGACACUACCAAGUCUGGAAAUUGCAGGUUGGAGAAGUUGAAGCAUUUGAGGUCUCAGCCUCUUAUUCCUAGCGAAGGAAGGAUCCUUUUGUUGCUAGAGGCCUGGAUGGUCUCACUCAAUGUGGGGUCCUGACAUCUGGGUUUCGCUUCUAAAACACUUCAGAUUACACAGCCACGGCCACUUCCUGUCUCCAUCUGAAGAAAGAAAUCCAUUGCAUACUUUGCACAAGGUCAUCCUAUUGGGGCUGGAGCAGACACAGGUCAGAAGAACAUACCAGCUCUGUGCUGCCCAUUUGCAGAUGCAGCUAGUUAAAUGCUUCCCAAGAAGGGAGGGAAUAAAGAGGGUAAAACUAACGGAUUUAUCCCCUGGAAUACUCCAGCGCUGAACAGGCUUUAUGAACUUUGUUUCACUUAAGCCUUGCCCCUUCGGAUGCAAUAACAAGGGACCGAGACUAUCAGCUUCUGUCCUGUCAGGGUCUCAGCACCUUCUGUCCCCCAUUCCCACUUCUCUUGACUCACCUUGACCUUCCUGUCGUCAGCUGUUGUCUCAUCAAACUCCACCCCCAGCUGAAAGCUGACCUCCGUGUUCUUGAAGGUGCUGUGUGUUUUUAUGACGAUAA